AGAGCUGCAACUGGGCUGGUUGUGGUUGUUGCUUGGGCUCCAGAUAUACAUUGCUGGAGAGCUGUGAGUGAGGAAGCGAGCGAGACAGACAUGAACAACCCAGCGUACUAUGAACUCUACAGAAGAACCACCAUCGGCAUCGCUCUUACCGAUGCGCUAGACAAUCUCAUCUUGGACCAGAGAAUCCAACCUCAGUUAGCUAUAGCAGUCUUGUCGAUAUUCGACAAGGUCAUUUCCGACCAGCUCAAGGAAACCAUCAAGAGCAAGUUGAAUUUCAAGGGCCACUUAAGCAUCUACAACUUCUGCGACGAUGUGUGGACUUUUCAGAUCAAGGAUUUGGACAUCAAGUUGGACAACAACGAGACAUUGAGCGUUGACAAAUUGCGAAUCGUCGCUUGCAGCUCCAAGAGAGCUGGGGAGUGAGUCUGGGAAUGCUGGGUCUCGC